AUGCAACAGGCCCAGAUGGGCCCCGGAGCCAUGGGUAACAUGGCAGGUGCUGGGCAGAUGAGGCACAAGCAUGAAGAGACCAAGAAUCAAUGUGGCUUGCACCUGUGCGUCGCUAUGUCGGACGGCGAUCUGUUAGAUAGAUACGAGCUGGCGAAGUCACGGCGUCCUGAGAUUGAAUCCUUGGGCGACGAGCUGAAGAGGGAUGGCAUCGAGGUGGAUGAGCAGGAACUACUUGCCUUCCUCCGUGCCACGAACUUUGACCAGCAAGAAGCACGGGCAAGGCUCCUCGACACAACGGACUGGCGCGCUGCCACCUUGGUCAAGGAGAAGCUGCACUGCAGCGACUGGCGUGCAAAGGAGCUCGCGAUGAGAAGUAUCCUGCUGUAUGAUUAUGUGGGUGCAGACAAACAUGGGCGGCCAGUCCUCAUAGAGAGGGUCGGAGCUUGGGACAUCCAGGCUGUGCUCGAUGCGACCGAAGACCUGGAGAAGUUCACCAUAUUGCAUGCUAUGGCCGACGAGACAUUACUGCAAAUGCAAAGGCCGGCGACCGCUACAGAUCCGCGUGGGUUUGUUCUGAUCGUUGACAUGGAGGGGCUUGGCAUUUGGCACCUUCAACCGCGCCUUAUCUCAGCCUUUGCUGCAGUUAGCCAGAUAGAUGAAUCGCACUAUCCAGACACCGUUGCGCAUAUUUUCGUGGUGAACGCUCCGUGGUACUUCACGUCUCUGUUUGCCAUGAUCCGCCCCUUCUUGAAUGAAGACACCUACACCAAGAUCCAUUUCAGCAGAUACGUUCCGGAUAACAUGCUGCAGUGUCUCGGAGAGGAUUGCUUGCCUGUCGAGCUUGGUGGAUUGCGUGCUGGUAUUUUUCCAUAUUCCCUGGAUGCAUCGCCCUCGCGGCACCCUGAGCCUUUGCUGGCAGCCGUUCAGACCUAG